ACGUCUCACAACGCUUACAGACUGCCCUGCUAUCCACCGAUCCAUUCCCUCGCCGUCGCCGUCGCCGUCGCCGCCGCCUUCGACCCCUCUCUUCCCGCACCCCCGCUCGCCGCCGGCGAGGCUCGACGGCAAUCCCCAACACCGCCGCCGCACUCCCUACUCACUCUCCCCCUCCGUCACUGCUUAUCCAUCCCCCCUUCCGGCCUUCCUCUUCCUCGCCUCCGGUGCCCCCGCGCCGCGCUACGCCCCCCUUCCGUAUGCGGCGGGGGCGCGCGCCCGUCGGAAUGAUGGUGUGAGGAAGGAUUGGCCCAUUGGAGUACCGUUGGGGAGAUAAGAGCUACCGUUCGUGAUCCGGCGCCGGGCGAGUGGCGUCCCGUCGUCAGAUCCGGCUUGGUCACCUCGGCCUCCGCCACUCCGAGUGGCUGCUCUGCGUGAGUGUGCCUGCUGCUGCUAGAAGAUGGCCGCGGGGAGCGGGGCAUGGUUGCUCGCCUUGGCGGUCGUCGUGGCUUGGGUCGCCGGCGUUGCCGCGGCCUCGUUGUCGCCGCCUGGGCAGGUAGAUACCGGCCAGAAAUUCAUCAACUGUAUGCCAUGCUCUAGGAGAUAUGUUUUUGAUGUGUACCAUGAUAUCUUAACGGGCCAGCUUCAACGUCGCGACUUGAUUGAAACAUCUCAUUCUGAUGACUUGUGCAAAGGACUUGAUUAUGACCUUGAUGUGCCUAAGCUUUCAGAAUUUCACCGGCAACUGGUUGGUGAAGGCUCUCACCGCCGUCUAGUCUAUCAGGUGAAAUUUUCUAAGUGUGCAGAUGCAGUGGCUAAUUUCCUUGAUAACUAUCUUGCCAAUCUGGUGGUAAUUGAAAAUCUCCCGAAUGGGGUGUUCGCUGACCCAUUUGAGCUACAACAUUUUGUUGAGCGGAAAGUAUUUCUUGAUGUUCAUGUUUUCGGAGAUACCAACCUUGAGCUGCCUUCAGCUCUAUCUAACCGGUCAGCUGUGGAAAUCCAUGUUGAUCUCAGGUCAAGUGUGUCAGUGGAUUGUAAUCUCGUAGUAGAGCUGCCUCUCCAUGCUAGAUACCCGCCUCUUGAUGCCAAUGGUUAUGCGACGGUUGAGUUUGGUAAUCCAGAUCUACUUCUACGCUACAGAAAAAAGGAUACAAUUGCUGAUUCCUGCUCGUGGUUGCUUAAAGAUCUUGAUGCUGCACCCGUGGAGAAAGCUGAAUGGCGCAUACCCUGUGGAGACAAAGCGCACUUGGAAUUUGUAUCUAGUGUCACUUUUCUUUCAGCACUAGUUUGCUCGAUUUUCAUAGUCAUAGCUGCUCUAUUUUAUUGAUGCGAAAACUGAUAUGCAAGACGUUUUAGUUUAUUUCGUCCAGACCAAAAUAUGUUCUGGAAUUACUUUUUCUGACACAUAUGAUGACCCCAUUAUCUUGUUCAUGUUCUUAGAGCACAAUCAAAGGGAAAGUUCCUGGCUUUUGAAGUUGCAAAACCUGACGUUGAGUGAACACUGACCAGAGUAUCUAUCUGCAACAUCAGGAGUUACAAAAGGGAAAAAAAAAACAAGUUCUUCGAGGAAGAAUGUAGGCUCAGUUCCUGUUCCUGAGUCGAUCUGGAUCAGAAGCUACAAUAUUUUAUUGUCUUGGAAACAGCCAAGCGGGUGAAGCAUGAAUUGGAAGCUUGUGUUAACAACUCUAAUCCUUUUGUCUUUACACGCUUCAUACACUGGCAGAUCAAUCAUACAGUCGUUCUCUGUUUAUAAAAAUCCAUAACUGUUCCAUUUUCUUUCAGUAAGGCUGCGGUAUCAGGUGAGCAGUUCUGUUCUGCCUGACAAACUGGAUCUGUUGAGACAAAAACCUCUUUUUCUUGUUUUUUUUUGAAUGAACUUCUUUUUCUUGUUGAUACUACUUGAUAACAUGAUC